UGUUAGUUUAAGUUUAACCAUCGCACCGCUUGAGUCGCGAUCCAGUUGCUCAGCAGUUCCCCUCUUCCUGGAAGGACCCGCCGUCACAAACUCGUGUGCUGAAUUUUUUUUUUGCUAUUCCCUGGAAUCUGCAUAAAUCCACAAAAUGAAAUUAUUUUUAUGUGCCAUUGCUGUGACGCUUUGUGUGGCAGCGACAACUGUAUCCGGUGCCGGCUUCGAGUGCCCCAAGCCCAAUGGCCAGUUCGCCGAUGAGAUCCAGUGCGACAAGUUCCAUGUGUGCGAGGACAAUGUGCCCAAGGCGAGAUUGUGCCCAGACGGUUUGGUCUUCGAUCCACAGAACCGCAAGUUCAACAAAUGCGAUCAGCCCUUCAAUGUAGACUGCGAGGAUCGUACAGAAUUGCAGGAGCCCAAGUCCAGCAAGUAUUGUCCGCGCAAGAACGGGUUCUUUGCCCAUCCCGAUCCGGCUGUGUGCAACAUCUUCUACAACUGCAUCGAGGGCGACGCCCUGGAGACCAAGUGUACCGUCGGCCUGCACUUCGAUGAGUACUCGGGCACCUGUGUGUGGCCCGAUACGGCCAAGCGUGAGAACUGCAAUCCCGAGCAGCGAAUGUCUGAGACUGGCUUCGAGUGUCCCAAGGAUCAGCCCAAGACCGAUGAUCGCGGCCAGGUUGUGACCCAUCCCAAGUAUCCCCAUCCCACCGAUUGCCAGAAGUUCUACGUCUGCCUGAACGGCGAGGAUCCGAGAGAUCUGGGCUGCCAGCUGGGCGAGGUUUACAACGAUAGCACAGAGAUGUGUGACGCUCCCGAAAAUGUGCCCGGCUGCGAGGACUGGUACAAGGAUGUCGAUGACAAGAAGGACUAAGCCGGCUGUUGUCCAGCGCUGCCCGCCGAUAUAAGCCCCAAAACGCGUCUCCUCCACUUCCACUCUCCUAUCCAUCUACACACUACACGCUACACGCACGACACCCUGACACCCUUACACCGCCCCCACAGCUACACAGUCACACUCAUACACACACACACACACAAAAAUAGACACUGAGAAAAAGGAUUCGCGUCGUAGUCACUUAAAGUUAGUAGUUCUAGCCCAUUUCCUAUAGAGCGUACAUACAUAUUGUAUGUAUGUAUGUAUGUAUGUGUAGCAGUUAAACUAUAAUCCUCACUGUCUCACUGUCCAACUGUCUGACUGUCUCACUGUCCCUCACUGUCUCGUUCUUUCCGUUCUAUCACGCUAUAUAAUUCUUCACUUUCUGUGUCUGCCUGUCUACGCCUGUCUAUCUCUGUGCCCAACUGAAUCUACUGCCAAAAUUGUUGUGUAUAUAUUUCCCCCUCCCCCUACUAUUUCUGACUUUCAUUUAAUUAUUAUACAAGAAAAUAAACUGAUUUUUUUUAUAAAC